UCUGCACAUCACUGAACGUUAUAGUGCAUGCAACCAUUCCAGAGCAGCAGAGGUUUUCAUUCGAUCCUGGCCGCUAUACCUGAAGAGCGCGACAUAAGAGGGACCUGGCAAUGAUCUCACUGGACUUCAAUUUGAAUGUUUUGACAAGGGACCUGUCACUUUAUCUGGAAAAUCAAGUGAAAGUUGGGCUUUUUGGAUCUGGAGUACUGUCACUGGUGCUCGGCUUCAGCGCAGCUUAUGCCUACUACUACUUGAUCUCUGUCGCGAAGAAGCCCCAACUGAUUUCUGGUGGAAAGAAGUUCUACCAGUUCCUGCGGGACCAAUGUCCCGUGGUGUCAGAGACCUACUACCCCACCUUCUGGUGCUGGGAGAGCCGGAUCCAGACGGUGCUUAGGCCCUUCGUCACGGCUAAACCGGGUGUCAGCUACAGAAAUGAGCUCAUUAGAGCAGAAGAUGGAGGACAGAUCUCUCUGGAUUGGUUUGACAACGAUGACAGCGCCUCCCACCCCAACGCGGCCACACGGCCCACCGUCCUGCUGCUUCCAGGCCUGACCGGUACCAGCAGAGAGUCCUACAUCCUCCACAUGGUGCAGCAGAGCAGGGAUCUGGGUUAUAGGUGUGCGGUGUUCAACAACAGAGGGGUGUCUGGUGAAACUCUCUUGACUCCCAGAACAUACUGUGCUGCCAACACAGAGGACCUGGAGGCGGUCAUCGAACACAUCCAGAGGACAAAUGAGGACGCCCCUCUCAUGGCUGCUGGGGUCUCCAUGGGCGGGAUGAUGCUGGCGAACUACCUGGGGAGGAAGGGCAGAGAGACGUGUCUGAAAGGCGUGGUUGUGUUCUCGGCAGGCUGGGAUGUGUUUGAGUGCACAGCGUCACUGGAGAAGCCUCUGGACCGCUUUCUCUUCAACUCCUACCUCACCAGCUGCCUGCAGGCGGGCGUGGACAGACACAAAUCUGUGCUUGAGAAGAGUUACGACAUUGAUCAUGUGAUGAAGGCCAAGACCCUCCGUGAGUUUGAUGAGAGGUUCACGUCUAUAAUGUUUGGCUACCCCACCAAUGAUGACUACUACCAUGAUGCCAGUCCCAUCCACAGGCUCAAGUCUGUGCAGGUGCCCAUGUUGUGCCUAAACGCUGCAGACGACGUCUUCUCUCCCAGUCAUGCCAUUCCAGUGGAGGCGGUAAAGCAGAACCCUAACCUAGCCCUCCUCAUCACCUGCCACGGUGGCCAUAUUGGUUUCCUGGAGGGCCUGUGGCCCCGACAGAGCACCUACAUGGACCGCGUGUUUAAGCAGUUUGCCAAGGCCGUCAUAGAACAGGGUGGCGACCUCAAUGACCUUUCCAGCUAGUACGACAUUCCUUUUCUCCCUCUUUCUCUUUCUUUCAUUUCUUUCCUCCUCCCCCCAGUCCUUCUCCCUCCCUCUCUCACUACAAGCAAAAAAAGCUGUAUUUAUUUUGAAGGGCACAUCCUGUCGCAACACAGCAUUCGUCAGUCAACUCAUGUAUCCCUUCAUACAUUCAUUAAUUCAAUGUAUGUAGCCAUGAAUUCAUAUCAUGCUUAUUUUAAAAAGAUGAGUAUGUUCACAUUAGUAUGUUCGAAUAUGAAUAAUUUCAGCUGUCUUUCUCCAUCCGUCAGUGUUCUCAACAAAAACUCUGUAUCAAUAGAAUUUUAGUCCUCAGGGAUUUUAUUUCUUUUUUACAUAGUGUCUGUCUGUCUGUCUGUCUGUCUGUCUGUCUGUCUGUCUGUCUGUCUGUCUGUCUGUCUGUCUGUCUGUCUGUCUGUCUGUCUGUCUGUCUGUCUGUCUGUCUGUCUGUCUGUCUGUCUGUCUAAGGUUUGUUAUGAAUGUGAAUAGUUUAUGUUAAAGAAUGUUUAGUCCAUUCAACAACAAAAAAAUACCUAACCUAAUCUCUCGUGACAGACAGCUAGCUGCUAUAGUAGUGUGAGAUUUAGUUCUGGGUUCCGAGAUGAUACCUUUAAUUUACCUCAACAGAUCACAGUAUUUAUGUUCUCUUGAAUUGUUCUGCAUGCACUUUCAUUCACACAUUCUACCUGUACGCACACCAAAUAGCUCUAACAAUGUAAUGUUAUGGAGAUAACUCAUUAUUAGUUAUAAGGAAUGUGAAUUUGCACUAUUUUAGUUUGAACAAGCCAUGCCUCUAAUUCCUUCCUGCAAACGCACUUGAUUUCAAUAGUUUUCAUAUGUAAAUAAGUAUACCCAAAGGGCCUAAUAAAUUAAUAUGCAAAUA